UGUUAAAUUAUUUUAAAUGUUUUUAAAUGGUUUACAGUGUAAAUUUGUAUAUAAAAGAAAUGCAUCAAUAAUUUUAUUGUGCCAGUGAACUUAAAAGGACGUGCAGCACAAAUGAUUUUAGGAAUCGACGGACUGAGGCAACACUCACUUGGGCCAAUGUAACAUUUUAAAUCAAGAGAAUUCAAACGUCGAAAUCUACAUCACCUGAAGAGGCCCGAAUUGAAUGAUGGAGGUUGCCUACGUGUGCGAGUGGGAGAGAAGACCAAAAAGCAACCAUUGUCCAUCUAUUCCUUUGGUGUGUGCCUGGUCGUGUAGGAAUCUCAUAGCCUUCACAACAGAUCUUAAAAAUGAAGACGACGAGAAAGACCUCAGCCACAUGAUCCACAUUAUCGACACAGAGCACCCAUGGGAUGUGUACUCUAUCAAUUCAGGACACACUGAGGUCAUCUCCUGCCUUGAAUGGGACCAGUCUGGUUCUAGGCUGCUGUCUGCUGAUGGAGAUGGACAGAUCAAGUGCUGGGGGAUGGCGGAGCACCUAGUGAACAGCUGGGAGAGCACCCUAGGCAGUGCUGUGGAGGGGGACCCAAUUGUUGCCCUGUCCUGGCUACACAACGGGGUGAAACUGGCCCUGCACGUGGAGAAGUCCGGCUCCACAAACUUUGGGGAGAAGUUCUCGCGGGUGAAGUUCUCUCCCUCGCUGACGCUGUUCGGGGGCAAGCCCAUGGAGGGCUGGCUGGCAGUGACGGUGAGCGGCCUGGUCACCGUGUCCCUGCUGAAGCCCAACGGCGCGCUCCUGACGGCCAGCGAGAGCCUGUGCCGCCUGCGGGGCCGCGUGGCCCUGGCGGACAUCGCCUUCACGGGCGGCGGGAACAUCGUGGUGGCCGCCACCGACGGCAGCAGCUCGUCGCCGGUGCAGUUCUACAAGGUGUGCGUGAGCGUGGUGAACGAGAAGUGCCGCAUCGACACGGAGCUCCUGCCCUCGCUCUUCAUGCGCUGCACCACCGACCCCGUGCGCCGGGACAAGUACCCGGCCGUCACGCACCUCAAAUUCCUCACGCGGGAGAACUCUGAGCAGGUGCUGCUCUGCGCCUCCAAUCAGCUGGGCAGCAUUGUGGAAUGCUGGUCGUUACGGAAGGAGGGUCUUCCUGUCAAUAACAUCUUCCAGCAUCGCUCCCCUGUGGUGGGGGAGAAGCAGCCGAUGAUCCUGAAGUGGCGCAUCCUCUCUGCCACCAACGACCUGGACCGGGUGUCGGCCGUGGCGCUGCCCAAGCUGCCCAUCUCCAUCUCCAACACCGACCUCAAGGUGGCGUCCGACACCAAGUUUUGUCCAGGCCUUGGCCUCGCGCUGGCCUUCCACGACGGAAGCAUCCAGAUCCUGCACCGGCUCUCCCUCCACACCAUCGGCGUCUUCUACGGCUCCGCGUCGUCCGGGUCCUCCCAGCGCGGCGGCGAGGACACCGCCAUCAAGCGCCAGCGGACGGGCGGCCCCACGGUGCACUUCAAAGCCCUGCAGUUCUCCUGGACCUCGCUGGCGCUGGUUGGGGUUGACAACCAUGGCAAGUUACACAUGAUCCGAGUGUCCCCAUCCAUGGGCCAGGUUCUGGACGUUAACACCCUGUUGCGCCACCUGCUGUUCCUUUUGGAGUACUGCAUGGUGACGGGCUAUGACUGGUGGGAUGUCCUGCUCCACGUGCAGCCUGGCAUGGUGCACAGCCUGGUGGAGAAGCUGCAUGAGGAGUACAUGAAGCAGAAGGAGGCCCUGCAGCAGGUGCUGUCCACUCGGAUCGUGGCAGUGAAAGCGUCCCUGUGCAAGCUGUCCUCGGCCACCGCCGCCCGGGCCUGCGACUUCCACGCCAAGCUCCUCCUCAUCGCCAUCAGCUCCACCCUCAAGUCCCUGCUGAGGCCACACCUCCUGAACACCCCCGACAAGAGCCCCGGAGACCGCCUGGCCGAGAUCUGCGCCAAGAACACCGACACGGACAUCGACAAGGUGAUGAUCAACCUGAAGACGGAGGAGUUUGUGCUGGACGCCUCCACCCUGCAGUCCCUGCAGCAGCUCAUCCAGUGGGUGGGGGACUUUGUGCUCUACCUGCUCGCCAACCUGCCCAACCAGGGCUCCAUCGUGCGGCCCGGGUUCGGCUUCCUGCGGGACGGGCCGUCGCUGGGCAUGCUCCGGGAGAUGAUGGUGGUGAUCCGCAUCUGGGGCCUGCUGAAGCCGGGCUGCCUGCCCAUCUACACGGCCACCUCCGACAACCAGGACAGCAUGUCCCUGCUCUUCCGCCUGCUCACCAAGCUCUGGCUGUGCUCGAGGGAUGAGAACCACCCCCAGGACCCCGACGAGCCCCUGAUCGACGAGUGCUGCCUGCUGCCCAGCCAGCUGCUGGUGCCCGCGCUGGAUUGGCUGCCCAUCAACGACGGCGUCAUCUGCAAGCUGCAGAGCAAGCACCCGCUCCGCCUGCAGUUCUGCAAGCCCUACAGCCUGCCCGGGCUCAACGUCAACUCGCAGGUGGAGGUCUUCUCCAGAAGCCCAGGGUCCCAGCGAAUGGACAACCUGCGCUGUCUGCAUAUGGGUGUGUGCCCCACCGAGGACAGCAAGGCCUGCACCAGGUGCGGGUGCGUCACCAUGCUACGCUCUCCCAACAAAACCACGGCCGUCAAACAGUGGGAGCAGCGCUGGAUAAAGAACUGCCUGUGUGGGGGACUGUGGAGGAGGAUCCCCACCACCCUAUCCUGAGCCCCCCCCCCCCCCCACCUCCAAAAAAACCCCUAUAGCUACUGUACAGGUCUGUCAGACUCCAUCUGUCAGGCAUUUUCACUUUUAUAUAAAAAUCUGUCUUGUGCAAAACUGUUAAUAAACGAAUAAACUCACCUAAACGAGACCAGACGCUCA